AUGGUUGACCGUUUAGUUGGCACCGAUGAGAACAUCCGCCGGAUUGCCAACGUCGAAAGCUGCUUCGGCAUGUCCGGCGUGGCGCUGUCCAACUCUGCGGGCCGGGUGCUGGUGGGCGAGGGCGUCCUCAAGAAGAUGUGCCGGAAGAAGCUGAAGCCGCGGCAGAUGUUCCUCUUCAAUGACAUUCUCGUCUACGGCUCCAUUGUCAUUCGCAACAAAAAGUACAACCGCCAGCACAUUAUUCCACUGGAGAACGUCAAAAUUGAAGUCCUGCCCGAUGAUGAUGACCAGGAGAUCAAGUACGGCUGGCUCAUUCGAACGCCCAUCAAGUCCUUUGCGGUGUACGCCGCAUCGCUGAACGAGAAGCGAGAGUGGAUCAAUCACAUCAACAUGUGCAUCAAGGAGCUGCUCGACAAGACCGGAAAUCGGCCCAUCUCCGAGCACGCAGCCGUCUGGAUUCCCGACAAGGCCUCUGACGUGUGCAUGCACUGCUCCAAGACGUCCUUCAAUGUGAUCAACCGAAAGCACCACUGUCGAAAUUGUGGCAAAAUCGUCUGCGGCGCCUGCUCCAAGAACAGCUACCUAAUUCUGAACAUCAGCACGAAGCCAUCGCGCGUCUGUGACACCUGCUUCGUCGAGCUGACCAACAAGGGCGCCACUGGUCGGUCGAACUCCAAUGGACAUGAUCUGGACGAGUCCUCCGACUCGGAUUCGGAGCUUCGAUCCGGCGGAACGCGAAAGAGCAUUGAAGAUCUGAACAACUACGAUGAGCCCACUUUCUACAGCAAGGUGCCGUCAGAUCUAGAAUGA